AUGGUAUUUAGGAGAAAUCCGUUGAGGAGUCUUCGACUUGUAGCGUGCUUGAACAUUUUUGAUGAGGGAUUAAGUGAAGUUGUUAAAAACUUGUCAUCCUUGGAAGAGCUUCAAAUUUAUUUUUGCAACAUCACACAUGCAGGUUUGGAAUUUGUUGGUCGCCACUGUCCGGGAUUGAAAUCACUCACAUUUAAUCAAAACGGUAUGUUUCAUGAAUAUGAGUCUGAAAAUGAGGAAGCAUUUGCUAUAGCAAGAAGCAUGCCUGAGCUGCGUCACCUUAGCCUAUUUGAGAAUCCGAUGUCGAACAAUGGUCUUCAAGUUAUCCUCGACUCUUGCCAUCAUCUUGAAUCACUUGAUAUUAGGUAG